AUGUAUUUCAGCUCUGAACUAGGUCGAUUCCAUAAUCUCGACCGCGAGUCGGACGAGGUGGCCAAGUACAAAGGCCUCAUCACCCAGUUCGCCGUGUUGGCCAGCAAAGUCGUCCCGGAGACUGUUGAAGUAAAAGCACAGAAGGAGAAACUAUCAGGGAAGAAAGAACUUGAACGUCUCGCUCGAAUGGCGGCGGAUCCCGAUCAAGAUAUCCUGUACUCGAUCCGGGGUCAAGUCAGGCGCGUUUUUGUAUGGAUCUCGAACCCUUUUGUGACCAGCUCCUUUGUGGGACCAGCGACCACUACGUCGGUAUCGGUUGAUGUUGAACUGGCUACUAUGUUAUCAUUCUCAAUAGAAGUUCGUCGACAUAUAAGCCUAGUUGAUGACGCUGAAGAGGCAGCCAAGAGAGAUGAUUGGACUAUGGCUGAUGAGGCGUUGAACAAGGCGCUUAGGUUGGAGGUAAAUGUUACGGAGAAUGAUUGCACGAGUAGGAUUGGAUUGAUCCAACUACAAAAGAUGGUUGCGGAGAAGCGAAAGGAUAAUGAGAGGGUUCGUCAACUUGCAGAUGAACUAUUGCAGCUUGAACUAAUCGUGGCAGAUGUGGAUAAGGACGGCAAAGUGUUUAAUGAUUCUGAUAAUUAA